GCAUGGUAUCUGCAGAUGCAAACUUCCAACAAUAGUACGGAGAUGGGCCUCUAGGUCCAUUUGUCACUAGCAAGAGUGGAAUUUCGUGCGGGAAAAAAUUGAGAGUGAGAAGAAAGAGAGGUGGAAGGAUUCAAUCGUUUUCUUGUUCAGCUACCACGUACUCUUUUUUUAUUUGGCUAGGAAGUUUUUUUUAGUUUGCGAAAUUAAGAGGCCUGUUUCAUCAUGGAGUGUACUGCUCUCGGCCUUCAGCCUUAUCGCAUUUAAGUGUGAUUGAAGUUUGGAUGCGAGUUGGUAGCUCUAGAACUACACAUCUCUCGAAAUGGCGGCGAGGUUUUCGAGAUUGUUUGACGAUUGGGAUCAGGAUCAUAGGGAUAUAACUAUGCUAGAGUACGGCCCGAGUGUUAAUGAAUCACCACCCAGAUAUCAUUCUCCGCAAAACAGUACAGAAUACAUAUCGCCAUCAGCAGAUCUAUCCGAAAGACCAGACCUACCAGAACCAGUCCUCGAACCUGCGACUCCCUUUACACCUUUCGAUGAUGUGAUAUCAUCUCGGCGUUUACUGGAUGGCAGAGGUAGUUAUGCCUCUAGUUUCAGUCCAUCUUUUCCCUCCGCACACGAUUAUCAAGCCUUGGAAGAUGUAGGCCGAGAAAGUCUUAGCGAUGAUCCAUCUCCAGGGGAAGCACGACUGCGAAAGGGUUCUGGCGUGACUUCGAAUAUGAAGAAAAUAUGGAGUAAAUCGACAGCUUUUACCAAACCACGUCUUCAAUCUUCAUUUGAUGGUCAUUUUGCACAGGGAAAAGAUGGGUGGUGGAAAAAACAAAUGUUGGUGGAUCGAAGUUUAAGAUCAAUGGCGGGGUUUACGUUUCUGUGUACUAUUAUCAUGUUUAUCAUAAUGGUUGCGUACUUGCCCGCUUUUAAUUCUCGGCUGAAUAAACAGAGCACGAGUGUGGGUGGAAAGGAUGGGGAAAGCUGUCAUAGCAUGGAGAGUAGGAAUAUUGCUGUUCAUCUUUUCAUCAAUAUUGCAGCGACGAUGAUUUUGGGCUGUUCAAAUACCUAUCAGCAGUUAGUAACUGCUCCUCUGGUUGAGGAGAUUCCAUUCAUUCUCUCGAAAAAUGGUGAUGCAAAAUGCGGUACAAACUCACCCUGGAAUAUCAAUGUCAAAAAAUCGGGAAAAUUAAAGGCAUGGGGUUCAUGGUUAUUACUUAUUUGCACUUCAAUUGUAUGUUUCAAGCGAGUCCUUGUUGAAGGGGUAGUUUUAUUGAUUGUUUUACAGCCAAUUCAUUUCCUCGCAAAUUCGGUCAUUGGACCUUCGUUUUACGUUGAGAUGCCAACCAAUGUUACGUAUUUGUACAAUGAAACCUUCUCUCUGAAUUCUUAUCAAUCGUACUACUACGAAAAUUCUUACUAUAUGGCAUCGUAUGAUUCUGCAUGCUGGACUGCUUUUAGAGCCGGGUUGUAUGUUUUGCCUAACAACAUGUCUCAAUUGAGUGAUCAAUACAAUACUGCGACCCUCGGGCAAUCAACAUCUUUCGAAACCGUUUUGGUUACCUAUAAUCAGAAUUGUACGGCGUAUAAAGGAACAGGGACUGUUGAUGAAGCCCUAGCAGAGGUCAAUUACACCGGCUCGUAUGCUUGGUCGGGCCAGUAUUCCAAGGGGGACUGUGCCUUGCGACGAGGUGUUUAUUGUGAACUCGAAGACCAGCUACCAAAGAAAUGUCGAUUGAAUGUUCGGAUGCAAGCUUGUUUCACACUGUUCGGAUGUCUCCUCAUUAAAGCCAUGUAUAUGAUCGGACUGAAUUAUCGAGCAAGACACAGGGUAAAGAAUCAUUGCUUGACAUAUGGAGAUGUGAUAGUUGCAUCUGUCAUCAAUCCGGAUUUGAAAAUUCAUAACGAGUGUUUACUCAACUCUGGGGAUGGCUAUCGACAUAAAGUGGUACACCAAUGCCAUAAACAUUGUAAAGAUCCGGUGCCUUCGACGACUGGUGAUGAUAUAGGUCACUGUCAGAAAUGCAAGAAGUUCAAUGAGACCGACAAAGCUGCUGAUUUACCGCAUCCAAGCAUCGCGAUAAAAUACAAACGUUCACUCCUUUCCAAUCUCGGUUCCACGGCAAUAACUCAGAUGAUAAUCCUCAUGUUUUGCUCCUUCGCAAUGCUUGGCGUCUCCAUCAUGCUCAUUACUCUAAUGGUCAGCAAGACUACAGAUUACAACCACUACUGUCACAACCCCGAUUACAACCCCUCGGCCUACAGCGAGUGCGAUAUUUCACUCUCGCAAACUCUCAAACAAAGCUUCGGAACCUGGGGAGGCUUCUCCUCCAGCGUCACUCUUGCAUCGCUCCCCUCUGACAAAAUCAGCAGUGAAUUAAUCGCCUUUGCUAUUUCCAACGGCGCACAGUUUCUUUUCAGCUUGCUUUACCUAUUGCUCAUUUACAACAUCACCUUGAUUUCCAUGGAACACGAAUGGGGCACCUUCGAAAGCGAGCGCAAAAGACCCAGAGCGACAAUCGUAUCCGGGACCCCCUUUGAGCAAUCCUACUUCUUGCAGCUCCCCUCCAAAAUCCUCCUCCCGCUCAUGAUCUUCGCCGCAGCCAUGCACUGGCUGCUCGGCGAAUCCAUCGCAACUUUCGAAUCCAUCUACACGGAUCCGGCAUACGGCGUCGAACAUUCGGUGUAUUAUGUCACCUAUGCCGCGUAUCCGAUCUUCCUGAGUACGGUGCUGAUGAUUGGCCAGACGGCGAUUUGCUGGUGGGCUUUUACGUAUAGGAGAGAGGGAUUCAUUCCGCAGAUGUAUGGAAGUAUCAGGGCUUGUUGUGCGAGCACGAGCGAGCUUGAAGAUUUCGGGAGGGGCGGAAUUCAGUGGGGGGAUUUGGGAAUGGGCGAAAGAUUUAGACAUGCUGGGUUUUCUGCUGAUGAACCCGGCAAGAUCAUCCCCGCAGAACUAUACUGCGGUCGUAGUUGAAUUACUUAAUUCUAUACCUUAUCCCAUGUAUAUUUUCUCUCUCUAUUCUUCAUGUACAAAUAUAUGUAUCAAUAUAAAUAUAAAUAUCAGCAUCAAUACAAAUGCAAAAUAUAUCGAUAUACCCACUUCA